UAGAAUGAAAAGGCUACAACAUCACAUACUUAAUCGAUUGCGACAAACCGGUCCUGUUUGGUUGCUCUGUGGCGUUGCGCGCGGUCGCCACUCGCCAGAACCGUGGAUGUCGCUUUAAAACGCAGUUCUGUGGUCGAUUGGAAUAUAUUCUCGCGAUUUCUUGAAACGAGAGUAAAUAGUCGCCAUUUUUACGGAGUGAGGGUGGAAGAAAAUUGCAAAGGAGAGUAUCGUACAGUUAAGGUAGCUAGUUAGUUUACUAGCUACAUAUUUUGAACUGAACCUGAAGAAUAAACCCCUUUAUUACCAUUUGCAUUUUUUGGUUUCAACUUCAACCACACGAUAAUCGAAGAAGCCAAAAAGCCUGAUCCGCAGCAAGCACGCCGUCGGGCCUUGGGGAACAUAGCUAACCAGGCACAUUGCAUGUAGCUAGCCAGGUUGCUAGCGAUCGAGUGGGGAAGCUCAUCGAUUCACUGAUUUGCCCUCCCUGGAAAGCUAGCUACAAUUUUGAGGACUGGCCACAUUCUAAAAUGAUCAUAGAAAACCUUGAUGCCUUGAAGUCGUGGCUUUCAAAGACCCUCGAACCAAUAUGUGAUGCAGAUCCUUCUGCCCUUGCAAAGUAUGUGGUAGCCUUAGUAAAGAAGGACAAGACAGAGAAGGAACUGAAAGCACUAUGCAUUGACCAGUUGGAUGUAUUUCUUCAGAAAGAGACGCAGACGUUUGUCGACAGGCUUUUUGAAGCUGUGAACUCAAAGAGCUACCUACCUCAGUUUGAGCAGCCCUCCUCUACCACAAGAACGGAGCUUCACCAGAGGCCGGACAAAGAAGACUUGAAAAAAGAUGAGCCAAACAAAGAGGAUGAGAGGGAGAAGAAAUUCUCCAGGAGGGUGAACCACAGCCCCCCGCAGUCCAGCUCGCGGUACAGAGACAACCGACGAGGCGACGACCGCAAGAAGGAUGACCGCUCCAGGAAGCGGGACUACGACCGCAACCCGCCGCGGCGGGACUCUUACCGCGACCGAUACAACCGCCGGCGCGGGCGCAGCCGCAGCUACAGCCGCAGCCGCAGCCGCAGCUGGAGCAAGGACCGCCCGCGCGACCGCGAACGCGACCGCGACCGCGAGAGGGACCGCGACCGCGACCGCAGCCGGACCCGCUCCCGCAGCCAGAGCCGCACCAGGAGCCGAGGGCGCUGCGCUGUGAUUGCAGAGAAGGACGGCGGGAAGUCCAAGUACGAGCACGAGCGGGCGGAGCGCGGCGAGCCGGCGGAGAGUUACACCCCGGCGCCCCUGGUGGCGGGAGGACCGUCCAGCCACUUCCCCGUGCCCACGCUCAGCAGCACCAUCACCGUCAUCGCGCCCACGCACCACGGCAACAGCACCACAGAGAGCUGGUCCCAGUUUCACGAGGACCGCCCCCUGGAGCACGGCUCGUACGGCAGGGGACCCCCCCCGCGCAAGCGCUGCCGUGACUACGACGAAAAAGGCUUCUGCAUGCGCGGAGACAUGUGUCCCUUCGACCACGGCAGCGACCCCGUGGUGGUGGAGGACGUCAACCUUCCCAGCAUCCUCCCCUUUCAGGGCCAGCCCCUUCCCGUGGUGGACGGCCCGCCCCCUCCCGGGCUCCCUCCCCCUCCUCCUCUGAUGACGCCCCCGCCCGUCAACCUGCGGCCCCCCGUGCCGCCCCCGGGCACCCUGCCCCCCAGCCUCCCGCCCGUCGCAGGCCCGCCUCCGCCCCUCCCUCCCCUGCAGCCCUCUGGGAUGGAUGCCCCGCCCAGCUCCAUCACCAGCUCGGUGCCGACCAUCGUCACGUCAGGGGUGCACCACCCCCCUCCCCAAGCCCCGCCCCCUCUCCUCACAUCAGACUCGUAUGAACCCGACGUGUACAACCCAGAAGCCCCAAGCAUUACCAGCACCAGCCGGCCCAUGUACAGGCACCGCGUGCACGCCCAGAGGCCCAACCUCAUCGGCCUGACCAUGGGGGAGGUGGACCUGCACCCCAGAGAAAAGCCCAUGAGCAACAACAACAUGAGGAUAGUGGUGGAGUCGGACCCUCGGAAACGGCCCGGGGGUCUCAUGGAUGGAGGGCUCCUCCCGAAGAAGCCCUGGUUUGACAAACAUGGCUUUAACAAGCCGAAUCAUCAAGGAUUUCACAAGAAGAUGGCGUCUCUGAACGCCAAGCUGGACGUGCGACAGAUCCCUGCCGAGAUCAAUAACAUCAGCAAACUGAACGAACACUUCAGCAAGUUUGGAACCAUCGUCAACCUGCAGGUGGCGUACCAGAACGACCCAGAGGGGGCGCUCAUCCAGUUCUCCAAUCACGAGGAGGCCAAGCGGGCCAUCCUGAGCACCGAGGCAGUGCUCAACAACCGCUUCAUCAGGGUGUACUGGCACCGGCCCGACAUGCAGCCCCCCGCCCCCCUGCAGACGGGUGUGCAGAUGCCUCCGCAGCUCCCGGUCACCGCUCUGAAGCAGUCUGUGAAGGACCGCCUAGGCCCCAUUCCCACCAGCGACUCCGUGCCCUCGCAGGACCCUAACCAGGCUGCCCAGAAUGCAGCAAAAAUGUCUGUGAAGGACAGAUUGGGACUUCCCGCAAAGCCGGCAGUUCCUGGCGGAAAGGUGUUCUCCACGUCCACGGGACUGACGAAAACCGUGUACAACCCAGCGGCACUGAAAGCAGCGCAGAAGAGCCUGCCCUUCUCCAACGCUGCCUUCACAGAGGAGGCUCUCAAGAAGAAGCAGGAGGCUCUGAAGCUUCAGCAGGACGUCCGGAAAAAGAAGCAGGAAAUUCUGGAAAAACACAUCGAGACGCAGAAGUUGCUGAUCUCCAAACUGGAGAAGAAUAAAAGCAUGAAGCCCGAAGACAAGGCAAAGGUGAUGGAGACGCUGACCAUGCUGACCAAAAGCAUCACCAAACUGCAGGCCGAGAUCAAGGCCUUCUCCAGCGGCAACGCUCCCAAGGUGGUGAAGAGCAAAGCUCAGGCGCAGAAGGAGCUUCUGGACACGGAGCUGGAUCUGUAUAAGAAGACGCAGGCCGGGGAGGAUAUCGCUCAGCUGAGGAUAAAAUACACACAGCUGCAGCUGGAGGCUGCGAAGCGGGGGAUUCUGGCCUCGGCGCGUGGGCGUGGGGGCCACGCCCGGGGCCGCGGGUCCCAUCGCAGCAGGGGCCGGGGCAUGCGUGGGCGAGGCAGGGGGGUCCCCACCCACGCUGUGGUAGACCACCGGCCCCGGGCGCUGGACAUCGCGGGGUUCUCCGAGUCCGACAGGGUGGACCUGCUCCCACACUUUGCUCAAUUUGGUGAAAUUGAAGACUGCCAGAUUGACGACUCCACUCACACCGCGGUCAUCACCUUCAGCAGCCGCGUGGAGGCGGAGCUGGCUGCAGUUCAUGGGCUGAAGCUGAAUAAUCAGGAGCUGAAGCUGGCCUGGCACAAGCCUGCUGUUCCUCUCAGCACUGCUGACCCAGACGAGCCCGAAGCCGAGGAAGAAGAGUUCCCGGAGCAGUCCCUGGUGGACGACGCCCUGCUGCAGGACGAUGACGAAGAGGACGAUGACAACGAGCCGCGGUCCUGGCGGAGAUGAAGAGCGUUUCCCUCCUUUUCCAAACGCUUGUUUUUAACAGCGAGUUGCAUUUUGAUUAAAACUUAACAUUUAAUACCUUUUGGAAAGCAAGUACUACUACUAAGAGUACCAAGUGUGAGUUUAAGUGUAAAUAUAGCAGGAGUUGAGGAGAGCUUUUUACAUGAUGUUCAGUAGUCUUCUGUGGCUACUCAUUUGUUUUGUUUAGUUUUUUUCCUUUUUUUUCCUUUUAAUUUGGUCUAAUAGAUCUGACCAGAUUUAUUUUAUUGACAUGGUUCCAUACUAUGGAAUGGAUAUAUGUUGAUUACCUUGAUGAAUGUGUGAAGCUUAGAGACACCAUGAGACUCUUUGAGUAAAGUUAACUAAAGUUGCAAAGUAGGCUUUACUGUGUAUAAUUAGCCUUUUGGUAGUUGCUUUUGUGUACAUAUUUUAUGUAUGAAUUUUAAUGAUUUGUAUGAUGGCUUUGCUUCAACCCUUUCUGCCUUUAUUUUGAAAUGUAACAAUAAAGAAUUGAAAUGGUCUGAAAAUCAACUGCAAACAAAAAAGUAAAAACAAAAAACAAAAAAAAACAUUUGAAAGAAUAAGGCAAAAAGAGAAACUACACUUCAAAGAAAAAAAAAAAAAAAACGCAGAAAAAAAUUAAGACCAUUUCAAAACCCCCACCCCCCUUUCCACAAAAAGAGCAAAAAUCCAUCCAUUUACCCCCUCCCCUUGUGUGUGUGUGUGUGUGUGUGUGUGUGUGUGUGUGUGUGAGUGUCUGUAUGUAUGUGUGUGUGUGUGUGAGCGAGCCUGUAUGUGUGUGAGUUUCUGUAUGUGUGAGAGUGUGAGAGAGCCUGUAUGUGUGUGAGUGUGAGAGAGCCUGUAUGUGUGAGUGCCUGUUUGUGUGCGCACAAGAGUGACUGCGAACAAAUCUCAGUGGAACAAUGGUAAGGACCAUCCGUACAUUUCUACUCUAACUCAUUUCAGGUCCACGUUUGAGCCCUGACCAGUGAAUACUACUAAGUGUGUGUUUUUCAGGAACGAUAUGAUGCAACCAGUGAUUGUGUGUGGUAGAGAUCAGCCAGGGGACAUUGUGCAGAGUGAAAUGGGCUAUCUGUGUUAAGAUGUUCCUUAUCAGCACCAACCAAACGGAACUUCCUGUCUGGGAAAACUUGGGCGCUGUUGAAGAGGAUGAGCAUGGAGAGUUGGAUCCAUGUGAAGUGAAGUGUGCGCCCUGCAGCUCCGGCCCCCCGCGGUGACGGAUGGUCCCGCGCGCUCUUCCCAGCAGCCCCUGUCACGCCGCAUUUGCAUAGGAGAGGAUGGAUAACCAAAUCAGAGCGCCGCCUUGAAGCCGGCCUGUCGCACCGCUUCUCGGGCUAAUUGUGAAAAAUAUGAUUUGCUCGCCCUCCUCCCGUGUGUUACUGGGCCUCCCCUCCCCCCUCUCACACACACACUCACACACACACGCAUACACACACACUCAUGCACUCACAGCACCUGAAAGCUGCCUUCUUGCCCCCGAACCCCCCCCCCCCUUGCCACAUAUGCACACAUGUAUGCGAAAAUGCACACGAACACAUUCAAACGCACACUUACUUUCCUGAACUCCCCCCCCACCCCGUACACGGCCUUUACGCACGGGGUUUCACCUCCCAGCCACUCCCCUGAGGUUACUUAGUCCGGCCCCCCAGCUGUGAGUGACAGUCCGUCUCCAUCUUACCGGCCCCGCUGGCCCCGCCUCCCGCACGCACGCUUCGGGGGAACAAAAGGAGGGAGGAGGUGGAGGAGCCCAAUUUGCCGUGUGUUUGUAAAGGUGUAAAUCCUGCCCGGACCGGCCCGCUGUGAUCCGUCUCCUGGUCCCCUCUGCUCUGGAGUAAUGGCCUCUGUGCAGGGGUCAACACCGCCAUGCCAGUUCUGCUGCCUCCACUCUCAUUUCACACUGUUCAACUGGCUUUCUCCUGUUUAAUUACAUUUUAUUUUGUAUUUGUUUUUAAAAUGCUUGUUUUUAUUUCUGUUCAUUCUUCAUUGUAUUACUAUGAUGGUAAACUGAACUGGUUUGCCAAUUCCGCACUUUAUCAGUAUAAGCCAUAUUCUUGGAGACAAUGGACAUACACCUAUGUAUGAAACUUCAUGUGUAUGGAUGGAAAGGGCUCCAAAUGUUUCCCUGUUCAUUGGGGGUUUUUCAUUUACUUGGGUUUUUUUUACUUCAUAAUGUGUGACAUUCCCGUGAGGUUUAGCAUGAAGCUCAGUGUGUCAUGUGAUCCCGGCCUGAUCCACAGCCUGUUAAACUUUGUGUUUGCGUCCCUUUGUGUGUUUUUUUUUUUUUGGUCCCCCCCCCCAUUUCUUGGAAAAGCUUGAGAAUUUGAAACUUUGCACUUUGAGAAUCCUUUUUAAAGGGGGCCCUUUUUAAAUUGGCUGCAGUGCCAUUUGCAUGAUAAUCACAGCUACUUCUGUCAUCUGAAUUACACCUUCUAGUACUUUCUGCUCAGGCACCAGAAUUCAUUUUCUUUUAUAUUCUUUCCUGCAAUGUGAUUGAAAUAUUUCUUUAAUCAGACAUUAUCACUUUUUUUGUGCCUGUGAUGUUGUGAUUUGAACAUGCAUCAGAAUGUUUGAUUGAGCAUCUGUGUCAGGAUAUUUGACUUUUUCCCCAAAUAAAGAAAAUUAUUUGUUUGAGAA